UUCUUUUUGGAAGUACAACCAUCGAAUUCCAAAACAUUUGAAAUGUCAUGUCUGUCUUAACCACGACCAAUACUUUCAGUGAACAGUAUUAGACCCAGCUCACCAUCGAACACAAAAACAUAUCUGAUUGCCUCAACUUAUCAUUCCUGGAGCGAGAAUUGGACUCAAACCAUUAAAAAAGUUCUGAAACGAGCUGUUACGAUUCGUUUUCACAAGGAAUUUUCAUAUUCAAUUCUUUGUGCCGUUUAGAUGAGGAGAUUUUGGUGUGAAGCCUCGGGCUACAGGUAUAAAGGAGCGACUUCAAGCUUAGCACUACGGUUCUUCUUCCUUUCUGCAAUAUCCGGAGAAAUCGUAUACGGUGAGACUGCAAGCGAGAGCCUCUUUCUUAUCCUUCAGGUCUUCGUGUACGUUUUUAACUUGUGAGAAUGGCUGAGUACUUGACACACGGCAGAUGCCUCCGGCUCUAUAUCAAGGAACGGAGCUGCGAAUGACGUGCCCAGGAAAACUCACUGCUUGACUCAUUAUUGCCCAUGGAGGUUGUGUAAUCACGAUCAGUAACAACUGCAACUACAUGGUGACAGCAUGUUCUCAAACCUGGCAGCAGAACAUUGAUCAGUGGGAUCUGAGUGCCGGAACCUCACAAGCUAUCGAUCUGGUCACGGCUUGUAGCUGGCCAUCUGCUGUUGUGUAUGCUUCCGUGACGGGACAAUGUGCAGUCAUAGGGACUCCUUACGCGGCUACGGAUAGAAACUUAGCCAACUUAGCUGAGUUCACAAUCCCUGGCUCUGGCAAUCAAGACUUCUACGACUUGAGUAGCGUUAAUGCGUACACCAUUCCCAUGUCCAUCAAUGCGCCCACGGGCUGCAGCUCCAUAACCUGUUCCAUCGGCGACAUCAGUUUUUUCUGUCAGCCCAACAACGUUCUACAGACACUACCCACUGGUGCCCUUUCUUGCGUCAAUACCUGAUGGAACUGCCGGGCUGGGACCGACAGCCGGCACGAGGCAGUUCCAAGCAGCAUGUCCCCAAGCUUACAGCUGCAACUUGGACGAUGCCACCUCUACGUUCACGUGUCCGACUGGCUCCGAUUAUGAGGUCGUGUUUUGCCCUUGACACUCUUUGAGCCUUGCACUGCUUUUGUAUGAAACGGUGAUGUUCUAUACCGCGUGUGUACGUGCAUGUAGGCGGGCCCGUAGUUUUUAUCCAGUGUAAUGGUGAAGGAUAUCAAAAUAAAGUUCAGAAGCG